AUGGUCAAUGACCGAUGGGAGAUCAUGAACAGCUCUUCGGAACUCGAAGAUGGACAGCGGCAUAAAAAUCAGAGGAUGAGCUGUAGCUACCUCCUCUGCACCAUCCUCCUCUUCGUCGCCGUGCUGCUCGCCGUCACGGUCACGGGCACCAUCCUCUUCAUGAACCACUACCAGGCCCCGCCCCUCUCCGACGGCCCGCCUCACAUCAGCACCAAUCAGGACGAGGCCAACGCCCUGGUGACGGUCGAGCGCGGCGACGGCUCGCGCAUCAACAUCUUCAUCGACCCCAACUGCCCCGACUACAACUCCAACUUCAUGCGGCUGGAGGGCGUGCAGACCUCGCUGCUGCACUCGCUGACCGACCACGACUCCGACCUGAAGUCGGUCAAAGGUCAGGACCGCGCGCUGCUGGUCAACCUGGCGGAGGAGGUGGCCAAGCUGUCGGCGCACGCCGGCCAGCUGAAGAUGGACUACGAGGCCCUGAGGAGAGGCCAGGGCAGCCUGGGCCAGGAGCUGAGCACCCUGCAGAGCGAGCAGGGCAGACUCAUACAGCUCCUCUCUGAGAGCCAGGUGAACAUGGUGAAGGUGGUGAACUCGGUGAGCGACGCGCUCAACUCCAUGCAGAAGGAGACGGGCGGUCUGAAGGCGCGCGUCAAGGCUGACCUGCAGAGGGCGCCAGUGAGGGGCACACGCCUCAAGGGAUGCGCCAACGGUUCUCGUCCUCGUGACUGCAGUGAUAUCUUCUCCAGUGGUCAGCGGGAAGAUGGCAUCUACUCUGUGUUUCCCACACACUACCCCGCAGGCUUCCAGGUCUACUGUGAUAUGACCACCGACGGAGGCGGAUGGACUGUGAUCCAGAGGAGGGAAGAUGGCUCAGUGAACUUCUUCAGAGAGUGGGAGUCCUAUCGCGAGGGCUUCGGCAAAAUCACUGGAGAGCACUGGCUCGGUUUGAAGCAGAUGCACGCUCUGUCCAUCCAAGGGAACUAUGAGCUGCGGAUCGACUUGGAGGACUUUGAGAACAGCACGGCUUUCGCUCAGUACGCCACCUUUGGUGUCGGCCUGUUCUCCGUCAACCCUGAUGAUGACGGUUAUCCACUCACGGUGGGCGACUACUCUGGAACUGCAGGUGACUCUCUGCUCAAGCACAACGGCAUGAAGUUCACCACCAAGGACGUGGACAACGACCACUCGGAGAACAACUGCGCGUCCUUCUACCAGGGCGCCUGGUGGUACCGCAACUGCCACACCUCCAACCUGAACGGCCAGUACCUGCGCGGGCCAGCACACCUCCUACGCUGACGGCAUCGAGUGGUCCUCCUGGACCGGCUGGCAGUACUCGCUCAAGUUCACCGAGAUGAAGAUCCGGCCCACCCGCGACGACAGCAA